AUGGAACGCAUCGGGGCGUGCGCGGCAGCAAACAAGAUUAUUGUCGUCCUGGGCUUCUCGGAGAGUCGUCACGGCUCGCUCUACAUCUCGCAGGCCAUCAUUGGGGCUGACGGACAGACCUUGACGCUUCGGAGCAAGAUCAAGGCUACGCACAUGGAGAGAACCAUGUUUUACGACGCUACCGCCGAAUGUCUCGACAGUGUCGUAGAUACGCCUUUUGGCCGGAUCGGCGCCCUAUCCUGCUGGGAGCACGUCCAGCCGCUUCUUAAAUACCACACCUACUCGCAGCGCGAGCAAAUACAUAUCGCGGCCUGGCCCCCCGUAUUCGGCCACGACGGCAAGUCGCUGUGGUCCAUGUCACGCGAGGGCACUGAGGCCAUCGCUCGCACCUAUGCCAUCGAGUCGCAGUCGUUUGUGCUUCACACGACGGCCGUCAUCAGCGAGUCCGGCAUCGACCAAAUGAGCACACACAAUGGCUUGGUCAUGAACUCGCCCGGAGGAGGUUACUCGGCCGUUUUCGGUCCUGACGGUCGGAAGCUGUCAACCAAUAUCUCAGCGGACAAGGAAGGCAUUGUCUAUGCUGAUUUGGACAUUGACGACAUCCUGCAUUCAAAGGCCUUCUUAGAUGUGGUUGGCCACUAUAGCAGACCUGACCUGCUUUGGCUCGGCGUGGAUCCAGUAGUGAAGUCUCAAGUUAAGUUAUAA